UAGAUGCCGGGGAGGAGGACCUGGCUGCGCGCGCCACCACGCCACGGCGACGCACGCGGGACAAAUGAAACGAGUGCGCAAAACGGACAGCUGGGGAAAGACUAGUCAAGGGAACCGAGUUGUCGUGAAAGUGGAAGCGUUGCCGGUCAUGAUGAUGAUUUUCCAUACAGCCAGAACACAUAUGUCGCCGUCCAGCCGCUCGGUGUCCGUGGUGUGUCUGUCCCUCGGCAGAACAGGCUCCGUCCCGCCGGCGCUCGGCGCGGCUUCCCGCCACUGUCGCGCGAGACACGCAACACGCUCCAUGGCUGAAGUUCACACGCGCGACGCAGCUUCCCCUCCGGCUUGUCUGAAGACGGACACGAGCGCGCGGAUGGACGUGCGGCUGACCGAGGAGGACAGGGACAUCGCGAGGCUCCACCGCGAGGCGUGUGAGGCUAAGGCAGAGAUGUACACAGACCCUGUAACAGGAUACAAGGUGUUCACGGAGUUUGCUCACCUUCAGAGGGGAAAGUGCUGUGGAAGCGGCUGCAGACAUUGUCCUUAUGGCCAAGUCAACGUGAAAGACCCUGCAAAGAAGAAGAAAUUUAAUACAGCAUUUUAUGCAUAAUAAUUUUAUGGAGCACAGUGGAUCCUCGAGAAGCCCUGUGGUCUCAAAGCUCCGGAGUUGCAUGCUUGAAUUCAACCUCUGUUGUGUCCGUCAAGAGAUUGCACGUUCACAUGGAUUUCUUCCUAGUACUGCUCUUUUCUCCCACAUUCUAGAGGUGUGCUCUCCAGGUGAAUCAGUGGUUCUGAAUUUCCUGUAGUGCAUGACUGUCAGUGUGAAUGCGUUCAUAUAUAAGUGCCUGUGAUGGACUGGUGACCUGUUCACAGUGUAGCCAGCCUUAUGGCACAGCCUUCCUGGGCGGGACUCCGGAUUGCCAUGGUCCUGGUAUGAAUGGAUGAAAGAAACAUUUAUUUUUUGAGGAAAAAAAAAAAAAAAACU